AUGGGAGAACUUAAGAAAUUGGUUGAAGAGGGAAAAAUAAAAUACAUAGGUCUAUCCGAGGCCUCACCCUCAGCAAUUAGAAGAGCACACGCUGUUCACCCAAUUACAGCUGUUCAGCUGGAGUGGUCUUUGUGGGUAAGAGAUGUGGAGGAAGAAAUAAUUCCUACUUGCAGGGAACUCGGUAUUGGGAUUGUUGCUUACAGUCCUCUAGGACAUGGGUUCUUCUCAUCAGACCCAAAGCUGCUGAAAAACUUGCCGGAUGAUGACUUCCGGAAGAAUCUGCCGAGGUUCCAACCUGACAACCUUGAAUAUAACACAAACAUGUAUGACCGGGUUCAUGAAAUGGCAGUAAAGAAGGGAUGUACCCCAUCUCAGCUAGCAUUGGCUUGGGUUCAUCACCAAGGGAACGAUGUGUGUUCCCUUCCGGGUACGACUAAGAUUGAAAACCUCAACCAGAACAUUGCAGCUUUGUCUGUUAAUCUUACACCUGCAGACAUGGCUGAGCUCGAAUCCAUUGCUUCAGCUGAUGCAAUCAAGGGUGAAAGGUUUCCAUCUGAUCUUUUUACAUGGAAGAAUUCAGACACUCCACCAUUGUCCUCGUGGAAAGCUUAACCAAGAUGUGCUUUUAGUGUGCUAAUACUGUGUCGUUUGGUUUUGAAGACUUGCCGUGUUCUUGUGCUUUAGUAUUGUUCCAAAUCUAUGAUGAUAUUUGGCCCUAAUAAAGACUCUAAAUAAUAUGAUGUCUUGUCAUUUGGGUUUCAAAUUUAGUUCUAAAAUUUGGUCAACAUAGCAUUACUCUGCAUGCAAUUAUGAUCUCAUACAGGAUUUUCUGAAAUUCCAAGAGGCAUGAACUGGCA